GAAGCACUGCCACAUGGAUGAACCUUGAAAACAUUAUGCUGUGUGAAAGAAGCCAGACACAACAGGCCACGGAGAGUAUGAUUCCAUUGAUGUGAAAUAGCCAGAACAGGCAAAUCCAUAGAGACAGAACGCAUUCUGGUGGUGGCGAGAAGGUAGGGUUAUCAUGGCUAUUAUGGCCGUUAAAUUUGUUUUUAAAAUGGAGAUAUAAUUCACGUGCCGUUGAUGUUCCCCCUUUAAGUGUAACACGCAGGGGUUUUUUGUACACUCACAAAGCUGUCACCAUCAGCAUAUAAUCUGAAUCCGGAAAUAUAGCCUUUCACAUUUUCAAAGUUCUCUGAGACUAAAAAUCUGAUGUGACACAAAUUUCCUUGAGUAAAACGCACAUCUGCGAAUCCUAACAUCUCACACUGUGGCUCUGCUGAGAUCAGUCCUAUCUGCAGGCUGGGGCCGCGGACUCCCAUUCCCACACGUGCAAAGGUCCUGGAGCCAGGGUUGCUGACCCUAAGGCCCUGAGGUGGGGAGGGCGCGCGGGGCUUCCUGCCCCAAAGGUCACGUGUGAAAACAGAGCGGGACCCCGCCUUGCACGCGGUGACGUGACUCGAUGUCUUUGUUAGUAAACAGAGGCCACAGAUCCACCGCGGGCCCGCAGGGAAAUGAGUCUGAUCUUCCCGGUCCGGGAAGAGGAUGCAGCAGGGGCCGCCGCGGCGCAGGCUGACCCCGGAUCUACCCUCCCGGGCUGGUUCUGCGGGGAGCUCGUCCCAGGCCGGCGGGUCAGCCACGCGGCGGGGUCUCGGAGAAGUUCAAUGUCGGGCAUUAGCAGCGGCCAGGCCGGGGCACUGUCCAAUCAGGGUCACCAGGAGUGGGAGUGCCGGGAGCACCGUCCAAUCAGAGCGCGGGUUCCCGGAGUCUCGUCCAAUCAGAUCCGGGGGCGGGCGCGCUCGCUUCCGCGUGUGGACGUCGCUCUGGUCCCGUUGAGUCCCCGCGCGCACCUGCCUCGCGUGGCCCCAGGUGUCCCGUCCCGUCGCUGUCACCUGCCGGGGCCGCGGGGAGGACGCGCGGAGAGUCCGGAGCGGGCGGAGAUGGACUCGCUGGUCUUUGAGGACGUGGCUGUGAACUUCACCCCGGAGGAGUGGGCUCUGCUGGAUGGUGCUCAGAGGAAGCUCUACAGAGACGUGAUGCUGGAGACCUGCAGGAACCUGGCCUCCGUGGAUUGUUGCACUCAAGUUAAAAUCAGUGGAUCAGUUCCUCAGUGGAAUAUUUCAGAGAAUAAAAUAUCCAGUGAAGAGAAAAAAGUAAAAUUCAUCAGAAAUGAUUCCUGCUCUGCUUUUGGAGAAAAUUGGACAUUUCAGAACCUUGGAGAUCAGCAAACCCAGGAGAGGAGUGUGAGGGUGCUUCCUAUUUUGAACAGGAGCCAUUUGCUGGAGAGUCUCCAUGGAAGUAGUGGAGGUGAUGGCUGUGGAGAAACCCUGAACCAGAUUACAGACCUUCCUGUGCGUGAGAAGUCUCUGACUAGAGUUAAACACGACGAAUGCACGAAGUGUGGAAAAGCCCUCACAGAUUGUUGUCUCCUAAAGAAUCGGCAAAGACCUCACACUGGACACAAACCUCAUCCAUGUGAGGAAUGUGGGCGGGCCUGCGGUUGUGUCUCGUGCCUUAGCUCUCAUGUGGAAACAGACAUUGUGGAGAAGCCCUGUAGAAGACGUUGGGAUACUGGGAGAGCAUCUGAGAGACACGUGAAGAGUCUUUGUAGUAAAAAAUCUUUCGAGUGUAAGAAAUGUGGAAAAGUUUGUACUUGUAUCUCAUCCUUACAGGAACAUGACAGAGGUCACCAUGGACAGAAAACCAAGGUGUGUGACGUAUGUGAGAAAGUCUUUAUGACUUACUCCUGUCGUACAGAACAUGUAAGAACUCGUAAUAAAGAGAAACCUUACGCUUGUCAGCACUGUGGGAAAGCCUUCGGUUGUCACUCCUCCCUUCAGCGACAUGUGAGAUCGCACGGUCAGGAGAGACCCUAUGAGUGUCAGCACUGUGGGAAAGCCUACAAGAGGCCUCACCAUUUUCAAAGGCACGUGAGAGUGCACAGUGGAGUGAAACCCUAUGAGUGUAGCGAGUGUGGCAAAGCCUUCAGCUCUUCUGCAUCCCUGCAGGUGCACGUGAGACUGCACACUGGGGAGAGACCCUAUGCGUGUCAGCACUGUGGGAAAGCCUUCAGCCAUCACUUCUUCCUUCAAGUCCACGAGAGGACCCACAGUGGGGAGAGACCCUAUGAGUGUCAGCAGUGUGGGAAAUCCUUCAGUCGUCACACUGCCCUUCGAGAUCAUGUGAGAACCCACAGUGGAGAGAGACCAUAUGAAUGUAAGGAAUGUGGGAAAGCCUUCAGUUACUCCUUGUCCUUACGAGAACAUGUGAGAACGCACACUGGGGAGAGACCCUUUGAAUGUCAGCAGUGUGGGAAAACCUUCACCGGUCACUCGUCCCUUCGAGGACACGUGCGGAUCCACAGUGGGGAGAAACCCUAUGAAUGUAAGCAGUGUGGGAAAGCCUUCAGGUUUUCCUCCAACCUUCAAGUACAUUUGAGAACACACACAGGGCACACCCUAUGAAUGUCAGCAAGGUGCAGAGCUUACAGGUAUCCCUGAAACCUAUGAGGACACAUGCUGGAGAGAAAAUCCAAAUACAAAGACUGGGGGAAAACCUUUAUUCUGCCUUAAAAGCUUGCUGUAGAUGUGAGCAGACGCACUAGAGAGAAAUGUUAUAAAUAGGAAAACUGUGGGGAAACCGUCACGUGUACCAUUUCAGUUCUUUUGUACCUGAAGACUCAUGGCAGGACGGAAGUCUUUUAAUUGAUAUACAUAUGGUUCUGCCUUUGUAAGUGUCUCGUCAUCCAUAGUAGGGAUAACCAGUGUGUUGACUGCCAGUUCGUGUUGCUAAUCCGAACUCUGAAGGUAAUACAUAUCUAUGUCCCCUUCAUCUGUCCUACAUAUGUGUUCUCAUCUUGGAUUUUAAAUAUUUGUACAAUUAUAUAAAACUUGUCUCAUUUCCAUUACAAUGUCUUUUGGAUCCAGGGGAGAUAAGUGGGUUUUGUUUUUUCUGUUUUUAUUCAUGUGCAACUUGAUACGAUGUUAGAUGAACUAUGUUUUGAUUCUUACUUUAUGCUCCUAGUAUGUGAUCGUGAUGUGAGACCUGUAUUGUUGAAUUUUCUUUUAACAGCGUCUGCUGCUGAUACUGGAAUUUUCUGACUCAAUAUCUGCUCUUCCUUCCAGUCUUCAUUAUUGAAAGGUGAUUCUUCCACAUUUGUUUGUUGUUAGUGGAUACCUCAUCUGUGUUCCUCAAAGAAGUUUGUAAUUGUGGGAAGAUCGACAGUCCCAUCUGGUUAUGUUCAUAAUUUGACCUGUGGUCAUUGUCCUUGAUCUUGGUUGGAAAUUGUCACGAUGCUUUGAGUUCAGAAGAGAGACUUGUGGCAUGAAGAUGGAGCUGGAGUCCAGAGGCUUCUACUGAACUAUUCUAUCACCUUGGGGAAGGUGGGAAACCAUGUGUCCCAGAGUCCUUCUGUUUGUGGCUCUGAGUUAAAGUUCACUAGCAGAGGAAGACACAUGAGGUUUGGAAAGCAGAAGUAGAGAAGCCACAAUUCUGAGUUCUCCUGUCCCAUCAGGAGACAGAAGUGCGUGGGACCCUAGGGGCCUGCGUCACAGCCCACUUUUCUGACUUCCGGCUCUGCCCAUCUGGAACAGCCCCAGCCAAACACCAUGUUUGACGUUGGUUCCCUCUGAGGCAGCAGGUUCCACAGACUUUCCCACAAGCUCCCCCAUCAUGGACCCUCUUUGGUUGCACUGACCCUGCAUUUCUUGUUUCUGGAUAUUUCCAUGGUUGCAACCAACAGUGUAAAUAUAUUUGGCAGCUUGUAAUAGUUUUUUCUUACAGCUGACUUCUGUCUAAAUGAUGAAUGUACGCUUUCUUGCUUUCCAUUUUUAUAUGUGAUUACUCAGUGUUUUUUCACUUUUUGUAUAUGUGAUUCAGAACAAUGUGCAGUUUUGGUCAAAUAUAGUUCCCUAUGUUGUUACUUAGCAAGCUCAUUACCUAGGUUUUCAAAUGUUUUUU